AUGGAACUCAACCGAGAACAUUUUCCAGCCAUAAUUUAUCACAACUUUCAGAGACAAUUACCGCAACAAGAAUACCAUGCUGAGUUACUGUCUGUUUUCGGCAACGAAGCGCCACAUCAGUCGACAAUUUCCCGUUGGUAUGGAGAAUUCAAACGUGGAUGGGUGAGUCUUAGCGACGAUUCCAGGGUGGGUGCACCAAAAACGGCAGUCACUCAGGAAAACGUCGAUGCUGUGCGCAAACUCAUCAUUGAAGAUAGACAUGUGACAUAUCGCGAGAUUGAGGCGUCCUUGAAGAUCUCAAAGACCUCAAUUCAAAAAAAUUUACAUGAAGAAUUAGGAGUAAGAAAAAUAGUUUCUCGUUGGAUAUCCCACCUGUUGACUGAAGAGCAGAAAGCAGCCAUUGUUAAUUGGUGUCAAAAAACGCUUGACCGUUUCAACUCCGGAAGCUCAAAAAAUGGGUACAGCAUUGUGUUCCAAGGUGAAGAAAAGCCAACAAAAGUCAUCCGUUCUCGAAGUGUUUCGAAAAAGAUGGUCGCGACAUUUGUGUCAAAAGCGGGUCAUAUUGCAACAAUUCCUCUUAAUGAGCAAAGAACUGUUACUGUGGAUUGGUAUACCACCAUUUGUUUGCCAAAAUAUUUAACGGAAGAAAACGUGGAAUUAUUGGACCAUCCUCCAUAUAGUCUCGAUCUAAGUCCUAACGAUUUCUCUACUUUUCCGAAAAUUAAAAACAGAUUGCAUGAUCAAAGGUUCCAGUCACCAGAAGAAGCAGUUGACGCAUUCAAAAAUGCCGUUUUGGAUCUGCCAGCAAACGAGUGGAAUCAGUGCUUCGGAAAUUGGUUCGAGCGCAUGCAGAUGUGUAUUUAUCUUCGUGGAGAAUACUUCGAAAAACAAUAA